GAGCGAGAGACGAGUGUUGGAAUGCGGCGGACGGCUGCGGCGCCCUGCUCGGCUCCCUACUCUUGGCGCGCGCCCCCGCUCUCCCAUCCCCGAGGUGGGCGAGGGCUGCGGGGCACUAGUUUCUGUCAUCGAUCCAGCUCAAGGGCCUGAGGGGCAAAUCAAGCCCUGUCCUGCUAGGCACCAUGUCCACCUUCCGCCAGGAAAAUGUUGAAGAUCAUUAUGAGAUGGAGGAAGAGCUGGGAAGCGGCCAGUUUGCGAUUGUGCGGAAGUGCCGGGAGAAGAAGACUGGGCUGGAAUACGCUGCCAAGUUCAUCAAAAAGCGCCGCCUGUCCUCCAGCCGCCGCGGGGUGAGCCGUGAAGAGAUCGAGCGGGAGGUGAACAUCCUGCGGGAGAUCCAGCACACCAAUAUCAUCACCCUCCACGACAUCUUUGAGAACAAGACAGACGUGGUGCUGAUCCUGGAGCUGGUCUCGGGCGGGGAACUCUUCGACUUCCUGGCUGAAAAGGAAUCACUGACGGAGGAAGAGGCCACGCAGUUCCUCAAGCAGAUCUUGGACGGGGUUCAUUACCUGCAUUCCAAACGCAUUGCCCACUUUGACCUCAAGCCUGAAAACAUCAUGCUGCUGGACAAAAACGUCCCCAGCCCUCGGAUCAAACUGAUUGACUUUGGGAUUGCUCACAUGAUCGAAGCAGGGAAUGAGUUCAAAAACAUUUUCGGCACUCCGGAGUUUGUGGCUCCAGAAAUAGUAAACUAUGAACCGCUGGGUUUGGAGGCUGACAUGUGGAGCAUUGGAGUCAUCACAUACAUCCUUUUGAGUGGGGCCUCCCCCUUUCUGGGCGAAACGAAGCAGGAGACUUUGACCAACAUCUCUGCAGUCAACUACGACUUCGACGAAGAGUACUUCAGCAACACCAGUGAACUGGCCAAGGACUUCAUUCGGCGCCUGCUGGUCAAAGACCCCAAGAAACGCAUGACGAUUGAGCAAAGUCUGGAGCACCCGUGGAUUAAGGUCAUAAAGAGACGAAACGUCCGCAACGAAGAAAACAGCAAGAAGCCGGAACGGCGGCGCCUCAAGACGACACGGCUCAAAGAGUACACCAUCAAGUCCCACUCGAGCAUGCCGCCCAACAACACCUACGUCAACUUUGAGCGCUUCUCCAAGGUCAUGGAGGAGGUGGCGGCAGCUGAGGAGAGCCUGCGUGAGCUGCAGCGGAGCAAGAAGUCCUUCCGGGAGGACAUAGAGGCCCUGCGCUCCAUCUACGAGGAGAAGGAGUUGUGGUACAAAGAGGAGAAUGAAGCCAUCGGGCAGGACCUCCGGCAAAUCCGGCAGGACAUGCAGAAGACGGAGGCCCUCAAGCGGCAGGCCCAGGAAGAGGCCAAGAGUGCCUCCUUGGCAGCCAACGGCCUGAAGAGGCGUUACCGGAAGCUCGAGAAUCGCUACGAGGCCUUGGCCAAGCAGGUGGCUUCGGAGAUGAAGUUUGUGCAAGAUCUGGUGCACGCCGUCGAGCUGGAGAAGCUGCAGGGCGGAGAAGACGACUGUGGGAUCCGUUAAUGCAGUUCCUGGUGCAGGGUUGGCUGUGUGCAGAUAUGUGGAUCUUGCUCAGCUUUGUUCUUUGGGGUUGUGCAUCCCCUUCCCCAACAGAGUUUACCGACCCCAGGGCUGUGAGGGGCAGCUGACCCAAUCCUCCUUAUUUAAUCACCAGUAUGGCUGCUUCUGAGACUACACAACCCAUCAUGCAGUGCUGCCGUCAGGAUACAAUGCAGCUUGGGACUUGUAGUCUUUGACAAACUGUGUGCUUAUAUUUUUUUUAAAAAAGGAUCUCCUACCAGUUUCUGCCUGGUUUGACUGAGGCCUUUGCUUGGAAAGGGCACCUUUUUAUUUUGCUGGCUGAUGCAGCCCCUUUUCUGUGUCCUUUCUUGCCAAAGCCUUCACAACUCUGACUUUCUUUUGCCAGCUCUGCUUGUGGUUUGGUUGCUGGGUCUUCAAAGAACCUGCCAUGUCAGAGAUAACUGAAAACAUGAGACUUGUUUGGCAGCUGAGAAA